GACUUUAAUAAUAUACCAUUAGGAAACUGGCGAAAAUGAAAAGUGCAUAGUCGUAAAGGCGAAGCUAAUAUUUUAGCUGUAAACAAAAAGGUUAAUUUAACUGAAAAUAAUAUAUUUUCGUAAAAAAAAAGAAUAUACAGACCAUGCGCAUGGACUGCUAGUUUUGCUUCCAAGGAACUGGGAGAAUCCUCCACAAUUUGUAGUAAUUGAGAAGGCUUAGGUCUUUCGUGUAAAGAUUUGAUGGGUUUGCGCCAUUGUUUGAUAAUGUCUGAUAUUGUUCUUUUUGACAUGCGUUAAAAGUAUUACAAGCUGAGAGAGAACGUCACUAUUUUUAUUAUUUUCCUGUUAAAACCCAACUUUUUUUUUUUCACUAAAUAUUUUGGGGUUCACUUCUCUUCUUGUAUUAAUCAUGUUGGAUUCAGAAGAAGAAAAAAGACGAUUUACCAUUGAAUUGGAAUUUAUUCAAUGCUUAUCCAAUCCCUGGUACCUCAAUCAUCUAGCACAACAGCAGUAUUUUAAAGAUCAGGCUUUUAUCAAUUACUUGGAUUAUUUACAAUACUGGAAACAGCCAGAAUAUGCCAAAUUUGUAGUAUAUCCACACGCGCUGUACUUUUUAGAUUUGUUACAGCACCAGCAGUUCAGGGACUACGUCAGCACCUCUGAAAACACACAAGAGGUGCAUCGUAUGCAAUAUUACCACUGGCAAUUUUUAAGGAACCCACCCAGCACAGCAACCGACGAAUUUUCUGCAUUAAAAAACGAAGUCGAUAAAUAAAUAUUCUAUUUUUGCAGCAUGAAUUAUUUAUUUGUGAUAAGAAUUCGAUACAAAAAAAGUUUAAAAAAGUGAGAGGGACAAAAAAA